UGACUAAAUCAAAACCCCGCCAUUUGUAGCAUAUUUCCCUUUUUGAAGCGUAACGAACCCAACUCACUCUUCCAAUACCAUCAAAUUCAAAGAAUCUUAAACCCUAACCCUAACACUUAAAUCAAUCAAACACUUCAACUUUCUUCAAUUUUUUUUAUCAUCCUAGACAAAAAUGAGCUCCACCCACUUCUUUCUCAACCGCCCCAUCUCUCUUUCUCCGACUCCGGUGGCGGCGGUGGAUCACCGUUCUUCUUUUACUCCACGCGCCUGUCUUAACAUAGACGUGAAGCCACCCGAUUCGAUCAAGAAUCUGAAUUUGAAAAGCAAGGAAGUGAUUGAAAUGGAGGCAAAGGUUCUGGUUGGUACUUAUGCCAGAAACCCACUUGUUAUAGCCAGUGGCAAAGGCUGUAAAUUGUAUGAUCCUGAGGGUCGAGAGUACUUGGACUGCACUGCCGGUAUAGCUGUCAACGCCCUCGGCCACGGCGAUCCUGAUUGGCUUAAAGCUGUUACAGAGCAAGCCCAUUUGCUCACUCAUGUCAGUAAUGCUUAUUAUUCAAUUCCUCAGGUAGAGCUUGCAAACCGAUUAGUGGAAUCCUCAUUUGCUGAUCGAGUGUUCUUUACGAACUCUGGAACAGAAGCUAAUGAAGGUGCAAUCAAGUUUGCAAGAAAGUUUCAAAGGGUUUUGAAUCCUGAUUUAGAACAGCCUGCAACAGCAUUUAUUUCGUUUACUAAUAGUUUCCAUGGAAGGUCAAUGGGCGCCGUUGCUUUGACUAGUAAAGAGCAUUAUCGUUCCCCUUUUGAGCCUGUUAUGCCUGGAGUUACUUUCGUGGAAUAUGGUAAUAUUCAAGCUGCGAAUGAAUUGAUAAAAAGUGGGAAAUUUGCUGCUGUUUUUAUUGAACCUAUUCAGGGUGAAGGUGGUAUUUAUGCUGCUACUAAGGAGUUUUUGAAAUCCUUGCGUAGUGCUUGUGAUGAUGUCGGGUGUCUUCUGGUUUACGAUGAGGUUCAAUGUGGGUUGGGAAGAACCGGUUAUCUUUGGGCGCACGAAAUGUACGGCGUCAUCCCAGAUAUAAUGACUAUAGCAAAGCCGCUUGCAGGAGGGCUUCCCAUAGGAGCUGUUUUAAUGAAAGAAAAAGUUGCUGCUGCGAUGAAGUACGGAGAACACGGGAGCACUUUUGCUGGCGGACCUCUUGUUUGUAGCGCUGCCAUUGCGGUUUUAGACAAAAUAUCACAACCCAGUUUCUUGGCUAGUGUCUCAGAGAAAGGUCAGUACUUCAAAGACAUUUUAAUUCAGAAACUUGGAGGAAAUUCUCAUGUGCGAGAAGUACGAGGUUUGGGGCUUAUAGUAGGGGUAGAAUUGGACGUACCCGCUUCACCUCUCGUAGAUGCUUGUCGAAACUCGGGUCUUUUAAUAUUAACUGCAGGCAAAGGAAAUGUUAUUAGGCUGGUACCUCCAUUGAUCAUCUCAGAACAAGAAUUGGAAUAUGCAGCUGAUAUUCUGCUUGAAUCCUUGCCAGUGCUUGAUGGGACAAACUGACACAAAGACGGGUCGUAUCGGUUUUAGUUUCAUAUUAAAUCUUCCAAAGUUUCUUUUUAAUUACAGGUUAGAGCACACUUGAAAGUUCACUGUUAAUCUUUGUUUGCAUAUGCAAAAAAAGAAAAAAUAAGUCCUGAGGGCUCUGCCUUUGUACAUUAAUGUUGGUUUGAUGAACCCAUUGCAUAACUUAAGCAAAGUUACUAGUUGUAAUAUGUAGUAGAUCCUAUUGAAUGCAAUAUCUGUAAAUUGUACGAAUAAAUGAAAAAAGGGGUUGUAGGA